CACCCUCUUGUGUUUUUCCUGAUUACUCUUACAUUCUGGUUUUGCUAGUCACCUCUCUCUCUCUCUCUCUCUUGCUACCAUGUCAAAGCCCACAAAAGAAAUGAGCUAUGAAGAUCAUGAGAAACAAGUGAAACAUCACAAGCACUUACAGCAACUCGGCAAGCUUGGUGCUGUAGCUGCUGGUGCUUACGCUCUGCAUGAGAAGCACAAGGCUAAGAAAGACCCAGAGAAUUCUCACAGCCACAAGGUCAAAGAGGAGAUUGCAGCAACGGUUGCAGUGGGAGCUGUUGGAUUUGCCUUCCACGAGGGUCAUCAGAAGAAAGAAGCUAAGAAAGAAAUGUGGGCUCACGGGAAGAAUUAAACACUAUAUGUGUUCUCAGAGUCGUUUCUCUAGUUGUUACCUUGACCCUUUAUUUGUUUUUCUGUUAUUAGUGUCCAUGAGGUUGAGAGAUGUGUCUUAAUCACUUAAAAGUACGUUAAUGUUAAAGCAAAAUGGAGGUUAAUCCCUUCAAUUUGCUUAAUGGUUCUCUUUGUGGGUUUCUAAUAAUAUAGGUUUCUUGGGGUGGGGCUGUGAGGGUGUCUGUUGUUCAUUUGUUUAUAGUAAAAUGUAAAAUUUAUGAAACUUUGUUCCAA